ACGUCGUGCCUUUUGUCGAAUUCUUGAACUUCCUCCUCUCGUCCUUUCAAUCGACAGCAACAUCUUGAGAACCGUACCACUCAAGACACCGCCAAGAUGGUCAAGAAGAGAAAGAACAACGGCCGCAACAAGAAGGGCCGCGGCCACGUCAAGCCCAUCCGCUGCUCCAACUGCUCGCGAUGCACUCCCAAGGACAAGGCCAUCAAGCGUUUCACCAUCCGCAACAUGGUUGAGUCCGCUGCUAUCCGUGAUAUCUCGGAUGCCUCGGUGUUCGCUGAGUACACGGUUCCCAAGAUGUACCUCAAGCUGCAGUACUGCGUCUCUUGCGCCAUUCACGGCAAGAUUGUCCGUGUCCGUUCCCGCGAGGGCCGCCGCAACCGUGCUCCUCCCCCGCGUGUCCGCUACAACAAGGACGGCAAGAAGGUCACCCCUACCCAGGGUGCUAAGACCGCCUAAAUCAGGCGACCUUAGCGGCUUCCUUGCGACAAACCCGCUUCGGGGUUAACAGGCGUUUUCUGCGUUGGUCGGCGUUUCGAUUUUCUGGGGGUUAUAUGGAAUGAACAUGAGGCCGAAAGGCAGAUGAUAUCAUGACAUGGCGCUUUUUUGCACAGGAGCAAAGAAGCUGGCAAUCACCGGAUACACAAACGGAAUCGGAAUGGCCCAUGGGUUCCUUCGACCAGUUAAGGGAUACCAAGCUAAUAGUCUACCAAUAAUGAGCACCUGUUGAUGAACAACAUACUCAUCUCUCUG